UAGAGUUGCCCGGGAAAUGAUCAGAAAAACAAAGCUGGAACAUAAUUGUCAUUAAGACUAGGAAGAGAGUAUUAUAAUGUCUCAACAGGGUGCUGCACUGCAGAGUUACAACAAUGAACUUGUUAAGUGUAUUGAAGAAUUAUGUGUGAAAAGAGAUGAACUACAUAAACAGAUUUUAUCUGAAGAAGAUGAGAAACAAAAAAUACAAAAUGAUAUUCGUAUAUUAACAGAAAAGUUAGCGAAAGUCAAUGAAAGCUUAGCAAAAAAAAUGGCAACAAGGAAUGAGUAUGAUAAAACAAUAGCAGAGACAGAAAGUGCAUACAUGAAGAUUAUAGAAAGUUCCCAGACUCUGCUUCAUGUCUUAAAAAGAGAAACAAGCUCCAUUGAAAAGCCUGUCAUUGGUGUCAGCUCAACUUCCUUGGGACGAUGACAAUAUCAGCCAUUGAUGAUGCUAUAACAUUAUAUUUUUACCACUAAAUAAACUGUACACCACUAGACUGAUUCAACAUGUACAGCAUGAAAUUGAAAUUUUCCAACAAUUUAUAGCUGUUCUUAUAGGCAUUAUCGUAAGCACAAAUAGUCUAGGAUUGUCAGUUUACAAUAGGCCUAUAGUAAUACCCAAUUCACACAUACUGUAGAAUAUUUUGCAAAAAAAGAAGAAAGAUUGCUGCAUGUAAAAGCCUUCUCAUGUAAGCUAGUUGCUAGACUUUGCAAGGUCCCUUGUGAUGUCAGAGGCAGGUAAAGACUAUGAAAUGUGACAAGGUACCGGUAUGCUUUGCACAUGAUGGGGUUUCCAGUCAGUGUUUUCAUUCAUAAUUUGCACCAUGACGUUAUUUAAAUUAUAUAAAUGUAUAAACUAUUUAGGAUUAGACAAUUCAUUCACUUGUUGCUUUAAUUACAUCAAAGUAUAUUAACAAUGCAGUACUGAAGAUGCAACUAAUCUUCUCAGACUGAUUCAUAAACAACAUACUGUAUGAACAGUGUCAAUAUUUUAACUUUAUAACUAACUUUAAAAAUAAUGUAGGUCUUGGUCUACAAUUAAUUGUAAACUAAAAUUAAGAUUAUGAGCAUUAUGUAGUAUUAUGGCCAUAGAGUUUAUAAUGCAAGCUAGUUGUAAUAUAAUACCCCAUUGCGAUCGGUUGUAGCAAUUGCGACACCCAAUCGCACGCAAUUGCAAAGUAAAAUCGUGUCUGAAAGCUCACCAAUAGUAGUCGAUAAGUAAUCGAUUUCGCAGUUGUUACUCCUUGCGAUUGGGUACUAAACUCCCGAUUACCACGUAAUCCGAUCACAACAGAUUUCACAGGCACUGAUUGACUGAGGUCAAACAAAACAGGACGACCUAUAUCGUUGCUAGUGAUGUAAAGUAUCAAAGUAAAAAUGUAUGAAUGCUGUCGAAGUUUGCGAAUGGUUGCGAACAAUUUGGAUUACAACUGUUUACCACCGAUUACUUUGCAACCGUUUGCAAUGCAAAUUCUAGUCUGAAUAGGGUUUUAAACUCCACAUAAUCACAUUCUACUUCAGUAGAUAAUCAGCCACGCUCUGGUGGUUCAUUUCUUGAUGUUCUUGUUUCAGUUCAUUCCUCAAUUCACAUUCUGCUCUAAUCUGGCCUCAAAUACACAAAAACCUCCACAUAGCAUCGAUAGAAGCAUCGAUUUCGAGUUAGUUGGUCGUGCUAGGUAUGUGAAUUGUUUUGGAUACCAUACACACAAAUAUAGCACCGCAUCUUUUCAACACAGAUCUCCUCUCCUUGAUUUCGAAGGGGCCAGAUGGUCGAAAUCCAGUUUGCCGAAGGAACACGUUCAAACAUUGGAAAUAAAACAUUGACUUAAAUUAUAAAAUGUCAAAUAAUUUAAACACCACCCAAGGUCACUUAACUUUCAUCUACGAGGCAGAAUGUUAAAUGGUAACUAAUGGACGUUGAGCAUGUAAAAUCCUGAAAUUAACGUACUCCGCAACACAAGAUCAAUAAAUUAUGACAUCCUUUAACGUUAAGGUUAACGUCGUGCGGCGAAAACUGCCUAUUAUAUAUUUACAGUACCAUAUAAUAUGACAUUGAUUUCAUGUAUUAAUAUUUAUCCUUAUUUUAUUUAUUUAAUCACUACAGUAAUAUAUUUAUCUAUUGAAUGAUUCAUUAGUUCAUCAGUUGCUUAAUGAUUAAAUACUUAUUUGAAUAAUUAAUAUAUUGAUUGAUUACUGUAUUUAUUUAUUUUUCCUUUUUCUGGAUUUGAUUUUCUGUUUUGUUUUUUGUUUUUUUUGUUUGUUUUUUUGUUUUUUGAAACGGGCACCACAGUUUAAUGCUUUAUUUGCUUGUUUGUGGUUGUCCUAUUCCAUUCCAUUUCAUUGGAUGCAUUUGAAUUGUACUGUACUGUUUUAUGUUACUUUAUCUGGAAUAAAUUACUUUUGAAUUGAAUUGGAAAAAAAA